GUAUGGUAUUGGAUGAAUUCAGUUUUUAAUUAUAAAUCUUUACGAGAUGUGUUGAUAAACGUUAAAAUGUUGCUUAAGAGAUGGAUUUUAAUAUCGGUUUAUAAUUUAAUUUGGAUAAAAGUUUUUGAGUGUUUCAAACAUAAAAAUUUGACAAUAGGAGGAAUUUUCCCCAUGUCCGGUAGCUGGGCGGGAGGUCAAGGCUGUCUUCCAGCAGUAGAGAUGGCUUUAGAAGAUGUAAAUAAUAAUUCCGAUAUUUUACAAGAUUUUUAUUUGAACAUGGAUCCAAAAGACAGCAAGUGCCUUCCAGGUCUUGGUACCAAAAAGUUAUAUGAACUCCUAUACAACGAGCCAACCAAAAUUAUGGUAUUAACUGGAUGUAGUAUAGUAUCAACAUUCGUAGCACAGGCAGCAAAAAUGUGGAAUCUUAUUGUGCUUGGAUACGGUUCUAGCUCGCCAGCAUUAUCACACAGGGAAAGGUUUCCCACAUUCUUCCGUACCCAUCCAUCUGCAACACUCCACAAUCCCACACGUGUAAAACUUUGUCAAAAAUUUGGAUGGAAGAGAAUUGCAACAAUACAGGAAACUCAAGAACUGUUCACCUCGACAGUAGAAGAUUUGGAGGAAAGGGUUAAAAAAGCUGGUAUAGAGGUCUCUGUUAGACAAAACUUCCUUACUGACCCAACGAAUGCCGUACGAAAUUUAAAACGUCAAGAUGCAAGAAUUAUUAUUGGAGUAUUCUAUGAAAAUAUGGCAAGAAAAGUGUUUUGUCAGGCAUACAAAGAAAAAUUAUAUGGUAAAAAAUAUGUUUGGAUUAUAAUUGGUUGGUACCCAGACAACUGGUACAAGAAGAAGGAUCCUAAAUGGCCCGUUAAUUGUACUGCUGACCAAAUCAAAGAGGCUCUCGAGGGCCAUAUAACAACAGAGGCUGUUGUUUUACAUCAGGAGAACACUGUAACACAAUCUGGAAUGACUUCACAAAGAUUCAAGGAAAGAUUAGAUGAGAAACUGAAUGUUACAGAUACAAGUCAGAUCGUUGGGUAUCCAGAGGCUCCAUUGGCGUACGAUGCAGUCUGGGCUUUAGCUUUAGCUCUAAAUAAAACUUCUAUGCAGUUGGCGGAACAGAAGAAAUCGUUGGAACAUUUCGACUAUUACAGUAAUGAUGUAACAAGAGAAAUUUACUCAGCAAUGAAUAAUACAAGAUUUCUUGGAGUUUCGGGAAAUGUUGCUUUCUCCUCGGAAGGUGACAGAAUUGCAUGGACACAGAUUGAACAGAUGAUAAAUGGAACAUAUCGCAAAUUAGGUUAUUAUGAUUAUAACACAGAUAAUUUGACAUGGUUUGAUGCUGAGAAAUGGAAAGGUGAAAAACCACCACCGGAUCGUACAGAAAUUGAACCAUUUCUCAGAGUGGUAACAUACAGUUUAUUUGUGUCUGUUUGUGCCUUAGCUGCCUUGGGGAUAAUCUUUGGAAUUGUAUGUCUGUGUUUUAAUAUUGUCAACAAACAUAGAAGGUGCAUAGCGUACUCCCAACCUAAUAUGAAUAACAUAACCAUAUUCGGUUGUAUGGUAUGUUUGGUUUCAAUAUUUUUAUUGGGAUUGGAUGGACAAUUUGUUGAACCAGAUACCUUUCCUCUUAUCUGCCAGAUCCGAUGUUGGUUAUUGUCACUUGGUUUUACAUUGGGAUAUGGGGGAAUGUUUUCAAAAAUUUGGACAGUUCACAGGUUGACAACUGCAAGGAAAAAAGAAAAAAAGAAGGUAAAUAGUUGUGAGCUGUAUACAGUGUUGAUAGUCAUUCUAGUAUUAGAUGUUGCCUGUUUGACAACGUGGCAAAUCAAGGAUCCGUUGUACAGAACUGUAGAGACAUUUGACAUGGAAACACAGACAAAUACGGACGAAGAUAUAGUGUACCAACCCCAGCUAGAGCACUGUACUUCAAAAAACAUGUCAGUUUGGUUAGGAGUUAUAUUUGGUUAUAAAGGAAUCCUUUUAUUAUUCGGCAUAUUUCUAGCCUAUGAAACCCGGAGUGUCAAAUUGAAACAAGUGAAUGAUUCUAGAUUUGUUGGUAUGAGCAUUUAUAAUGUUGUGGUGCUUUGUGUAAUAACUGCUCCUAUUACACUACUUAUAAACAAUCAACAAGAUGCCAGCUUUGCCUUUGUGUCUUUAGCCAUUCUUCUAUGCAGCUUAUUAUCCACGGGUCUUAUUUUUGUUCCAAAGAUGAUAGAAAUAAAAAAGCGACCCAAGAAAUAUAAUUCAGAAAUAAAAACCAUAACAGAGUCACAUGCUAGUCGUGAAGAGGAAGAAAGACAUCAAAAACUGCUGAGAGAAAAUGAUGAAUUUAAAAACCAGCUUUCAGAGUUGGAAGACCAAAUUAAAGACCUGAAUUGUCAACUAGAGAAAAGAUCUCAACAAAGACUAGCAAUAAGUGCUGAAUACAACAAUAGUCCGAUUUUUAUAAGACAUUUUGAAUGUGAUGAUGUCGCGUCGGUACAUGAGUUCCGAACACAUCUUCCGGAUAGAUAUACAAUUACAAUAGAUCCCUGCAGUGACUCUGGAUUUGUAAAAAAUUCUAGAUUUUCUGUUUCUGAUCAAGAUUUGGAGUUUUUAUGAUAUAUGUUUGACGUUUUCAAUAAAGGUUGUGAGCUUUUUAUAUAAA